AGCAGUCACGUGGGCUCUAUUAAUGUUGCGUCUCGUGCAGGGGAAACCGUCCUCAAACUGCACACAGGUUCUGGGCGCGCGAGGAUAGCGGUGUGUUCGCAGGGAUUCCGCGGUAACCGUGCAUGAGUCACACCGGUUUGAGAGAUUUGUUUUUCUUCGCUAGUAUUUUACGUACCGUAAGCUCGAGGUCUAACUGAGGAGGGACGCCGUUAAGGCCCCCCUCUCUCUCUCGGUUAGUAAACAGAUAAAACUCGCUUCCUGUCCGCGGUUUGGCGUUAAUUUGGUUCCGAACACAGCAGGUCGUGUCGCCGAGUCUCCUGUGUGUGGAAACUUUGAGCUGUUCGUGCUAAUGGGCUUGCUGUCGCAAGGCUCCCCGCUUAACUGGACCGAGACCAAGAAAUAUGCCGACCACGUCAGGAAACACGGCAUUGUGCAGUUCCUCAACAUCUACAACAAAGUGAAAGACCGGCAGAAGGAUGUGCUCAAAUGGGGCGAUGAGGUGGAGUAUAUGUUGGUGGAACUGGAUGCAAAAAAUGAAAGGGCUUGUCUGGUUCUGAAUGCAGACAAAGUGUUGGAUAUACUGCAAGAAAAGGGGGAAAAGGUCAACCCCAACCAUCCAACUCUGUGGAGGCCAGAGUAUGCCGGCUACAUGAUUGAGGGCACUCCAGGACAGCCUUAUGGCGGGACAAUGUCAGAGUUCAACACCGUAGAAGACAACAUGGGCAAACGGAGGAGGGAGGCAUCCUCUGUCCUCAACAAGGACGAGACUAUCUGCACUAUCACGGCAUUCCCCAGGUUAGGUUGUCCGGGUUUCACAAAGCCGGAAUACAUGCCGACAACUGUUGAAAGUGGAGUGAGCAAGUCUCUUUUCUUUCCCGAUGAGGCCAUCAGCACACAUCCCCGGUUCAGCACUUUGUCCAGGAACAUUCGCCACAGAAGGGGGGAGAAGGUGGUGAUCAAUGUACCGAUCUUUAAAGAUCAAAACACACCAACUCCGUUUGUGGAGACGUUUCCCGCGGACGAUGGGGAGGCGGCGAACGCAGCUCUUCCAGACCACAUCUACAUGGAUGCCAUGGGCUUCGGAAUGGGAAACUGUUGUCUGCAGGUUACAUUUCAAGCCUGCAGCAUCAGUGAGGCUCGAUACCUCUAUGAUCAGUUGGCCACGUUCUGCCCCAUAGUGAUGGCCCUCAGUGCUGCUUCUCCCUUCUAUCAUGGCUAUGUGUCAGAUAUCGACUGCCGCUGGGGUGUUCUCUCCGCCUCUGUGGAUGACCGGACUCGGGAAGAACGGGGGCUGGAGCCUUUGAAAAACAACAAGUUCAGGAUCCACAAGUCCAGAUACGAUUCCAUUGACAGCUACCUUUCUUUUUGUGGUGAAAAAUACAAUGAUAUAGAAUUGACAAAAGAUAAUGAUAUCUACAAUCAGCUUCUGGAUGCAGGCAUUGACAAAUUACUGGCCCAGCACAUUGCCCACCUCUUUAUUCGUGACCCACUGUUACUCUAUGAGGAGACGAUUAAUAUGGACGAUGAGAACGCGUCAGACCACUUUGAGAAUCUUCAGUCGAGUAACUGGCAGAGCAUGAGGUUCAAACCACCUCCUCCAAAUUCUGAUAUAGGAUGGAGAGUUGAGUUCCGGCCCAUGGAGGUUCAGUUAACUGACUUUGAAAACGCUGCAUAUGUUGUCUUCAUUGUUCUCCUUACACGAGUGAUCCUCUCCUACAAGUUGGACUUCCUCAUUCCCUUGUCAAAGGUUGAUGACAACAUGAAGGUCGCCCAGAAACGAAACGCAGUGCAAGAAGGCCUGUUUUAUUUCAGGAAGGACAUCUUUAAAGGCUGCAACCCGUUCUUUGACUCAGCCAGCACAGCCGCCCAAAAUGGCGUCAAUGAGGAUCAUGAGGAGUACACUCUGAUGAACAUCGACACGAUCAUUAAUGGCAAGGAGGGAGUGUUCCAGGGACUUGUACCAAUUCUGAACUGCUACUUGGAGAAUAUGGAGGUUGAUGUAGACACACGCUGCACCAUUUUGAACUACCUGAAACUCAUUAAGAAGCGAGCAUCAGGAGAAUUGAUGACCAUGGCAAAGUGGAUGAGGGAAUUUGUUGCCAAGCAUCCACAGUACAAGAAAGACAGCAUUAUAACUGACAAAAUAAACUACGACCUGCUUUGUAAGUGUGACCGAAUCGCUAAGGGGGAGGAGCAGUGCCCUGAGCUGAUUGGUGGCCCAGUGCAAAGAGGAAAAUGAGGCAGAAGGGGAACAUCAUGUUGUAAAAGGUGUUUUCUGUUGCAUGAAAACUGAUGACCAAAAUGAUUAAGAUGAUUAAAAAAGAAUAAAAAAAGUGUUCCAGACAAAUGUUUUUUUUUUGGGGGGGUGGUUGUUGAUUUUAAGGGGGGUGUAUAUAAGAUUUUUAUGCUUCUCAAAAUUAUUUUAAUAAUUUUAAGAUCAAUGUUACUGGGAUCAGGGUGUGCAUAUUUUCUUCUUUCCGAUUAGAGACUGUUUUGAGGUGUGUAUGUAAAUUAAGUAAAUAUUUCUAAAUUGGUAUUAAGUUUUAUUUCCACUGUUGAAGCAUACUGUAAAUAUUCCUUUUAAAUAGUUAAGUUUACAUUACAAAAUGUUGAACUACUAUGACUUGAGUAACCUUGAGCACGUUUUACAACCCCAAUUCCAAAAACUUCAGACGAUGUGUAAAAUGUAAAUAAAAACAGAAUGCAAUGACUUGCAAAUCUCAUGAACCCAUAUUUUUUUCACAAUAGAACAUGGACAACAUAGAUGUUUAAACUGGGAGAAUUUGCUAUUUCAUGAAAAAUAUAUGCUCAUUUGGUAUUUGAUGACAGCAACACAUCAAAAAAGUUGGGAUGGGGCAACAAAAGGCUGGAAAAGUAAGUGGUGCUAAAACAGCUGGAGCAACAUUUUGCAACUAAUUAGGUUAAUUGGCAACAGGUCAGUAGCCCGAUUGGGUGUAAAAAGAGCAUCUUGGAGAGGCGGAGUCUCAGAAUUUAAGAUGGGAAGAGAUUCACCAAUUGCGAAAAACUGCAGCUACAAAUUGUGGAAGAAUUUCAGAAUAAUGUUCCUUGACAUCAAAUUGCAAAGACUGAAUAUCUCAUCUACAGUAUAUCAAAAGAUUGAGAAUCUGGGGAAAUCUCUGUGCACAAGAAACAAGGCCAAAAAUCAAUAUUGGAUACCCAUGAUCUUUGGGCCCUUGGGUGGCACUGCAUUAAAAUCGGUUAUGAUUCUGUAAUGGAAAUCACUGCAUGGGCUCAGGAACACUUCCAAAAAUAACUGUCUAUGAACACAGUUUGCUGUGCCAUCCACAAAUUGCAGGUUCAAGCUCUAACAUGCAAAGAAGAAGCCAUAUGUGAACACGAUCCAGAAAUGCCAUCGUCUUCUCUGGGCCAAAGCUUGUUUAAAAUGGACUGAGGCAAAUUUGAAAACUGUUCUGUGGUCAGACAAAUCGAAAUUUUAAAUUCUUUUUGGAAACAGUGCAUGCUGUAUCCACCGGGCUAAAGAGAAGGACCAGCCGCCUUAUCAAUGCUCAGUUCAAAAGUCAGCAUCUCUGAUGGUAGGAGCGUGCAUUAGUGCCUAUGGCAUGGGCAGCUUGCGCAUCUGGAAAGGCACCAAUGCUGAAAGGUAUAUGCAGGUUUUAGAGCAACAUAUGCCCCAUCCAGAUGACAUUUUAUUUAUUUUUUUUUUCUGGGAAGGCCUUGCAUAUAUCAGCAAGACAAUGCUAACCCCCAUACUGUAUCUAUUACAACGGCAUGGCUUCGUAGUAGAAGAGUACAGGUGCUGAACUGGCUUGCCUACAGUCCAGACCUUUCACCAACUGAAAACAUUUGGCAGAUCAUGAAACGAAAAAUAUGACAAAGACCCAGGAUUGCUGAGCAGCUAAAAUCCCAUAUCGGGCAAGAAUGGGACAACAUUCCUUUCCCAAAACUCCAGCAAUUGGUCGUCUCAGUUCCCAGACGUUUACAGUAUGGGGGUUAGCAUUGUUGUUAAAAGAAGAGCGGAUGCUACACAGUGGUAAACAUGGACCUGUCCCAACUUAUUUGAGGCGUGUUGCUACAAUCAAAUUAAAAAUUACCUUUUUUUUUCCCUAAAAUGGUACAUUUUCUCAGUUUAAACAUUUGAUUGUCUAUAUUCUAUUGUGAAAAACAUAUGGGUUUAUAAGAUUUACAAAUCAUUAUAUUGUUUUUAUUGACACUUUACGCAGCGUCCCAACCUUUUUGGAAUUGUGUUGUACUUUGUGUUGAGAUUUUCUUCAUAUGCAGUUUUUUUUUUUCUCGUUAGUGGGUUUUCUUGGUCUGUGUGUGUCUCCUUCGUUAAUUAAUUCAUACAUUACUCUGGAUAAAAGUUGUGACUCUUCUGCUUGUCCAUGCAAAACACCACAUGUGGCUUAGUAAUGGUGUUAGAUCAUUUUCAGCAAUUUUUUUGUAAAGAUCAGCUAUACUGAUUUUGUUUAGAUUAUUUAACGUUAAUUAGCAUUAAAUUAGAUUUAUGUUAAGCCAUUAGUACUUUUUAAGUAGUGGUUGUAUUUUGUGAAAUCAUCCGGUAGAGGAUGUACUUGACUCAAAUCCUGUAAAAUGCAUUUUUAAAACUUUUAGUUUUGUCAAAGACCAAAAUGAGAAGACGAUGCCUCAUUUGCAUACAGGACUUCAAAUAAAGUGAUCCCUAUACAUGUCAA